AUGGUCUCCUCAUUAGUGCCACCGAAGGUCGCCUCGCCCAACGCCAUCGGCGGUGCAGCGGAUGCCGCUCGCAUGCAGAGAGUCGUCUCCUUCUACGAGAAGCUACCAAGAGGACGAGCACCCGACCCGAAGCCGAGUGGACUUCUGCAGAGGUACCAGUUCAGGUACAUGGGCAAGAAUGCGUCUGCGAUGCCGCUUGUUCAUCUCAUCGGCGGUGUGAUGCUCCUUGGCUACGCCCAGAACUACUACUUCCAUCUGCGUCACCACAAGAAUAACGCUCACUAA